AUGUAUCUACAACCCUAGGAGAUGAUUCUACAAGGAAUCCUAGGAGAUCACCUAGGCAAUGGACCAAAUUAAUCCUCUUAGUUCAUUACACCGAACCUACCACUCCUUAACGCAAAAGAAGGAAUAAAGAAAGAAGAAAAACUUGUUCAAAUUACUGAGAUAAUGGAAAGUGUUUAUCAUAAUGAUUCAUUCGAUAAUACUGAAGAGAAUUUAUUCAACAUUACAGAGCAGUCUUCAGAGGAGGACAUAAGAAUAGGUUCUCAUGCAUAUCUAAAGUUUUUCUAAAGAUACAAACAAUCAUAUAAGUAUCUUCAACCACACCUUAAAUAAUUGCAGCAGCAACAAUAGUAGUAGAAAUAGACUAAACCUCCUCUUCCAAAGUAAGAUUUUAAAGAUAAAGCCAGGUUUGGCAGAUCAUAAUCACCUCGUUUGUAAAGACCCUCUAAAUAAGCCACCUCUUUAAUAAAUCAAAUGCAAUUAAGUCAGAUGUAAAUGACUUAAUCAAAUGGAUUUAUAACAGAGAGGAGAAAUUCAGAUGUCUCUAUAAACCUUAAUCCAGCUGGGACUAAAAAUGAUUAAGCAAGGAAAGAAUACUUGAAAGAAAUUGAAAUUAUGAAACUUCCUCCAGUGCCAUUUGGGGUUGUCUAAAAAGUUGGUAGUAAUAAGGCAUUUAACCUUAGAGAAAAGGGGAUUGGAAAAUACUACUAUAGAGCUGUUGGGAAAAGUAUUUAAUGCUUAAAAGGAGAAGUUUUUGAUUUUCAAAACAAUAAUCUUAAAGAACACCAUAUUGAGACUUUGAUAGAUGGGCUUUUCAGCGCUAAAGAGAUUGAUCUAAAAGAUAAUAAUAUAGGAUAAGCAGGAGUAGAUUUGUUAAUAUAGAAAGUCAUUCUAUCUAGCAAUUGCAAACUUGAGAUUUUAAAUCUUGAAAACAACAAUAUAGGUGAUAGAGGUAUAAGAUAUUUAUGCGAAGCACUCUGCCAAAGUACAGAUAAUUUAGUAAAAUUAAACAUUUCUAAAAACGAAUUGACUGACUAAUCUAUUAACUUUAUUGCUAAGCUUAUAACUGACUCUUCCUCCCUUAGGGAACUUAAAAUGCAUUGGAAUAAAUUGGGUUCAAAUAAAUUACCCACAUUGAUUGAUGCUCUUUCUAAAAAUAAGAGACUUAAAGUACUUGACAUAAGUUGGAAUGCUCUAGGAUCUUAUGAAAGAAGCGACACAUUUUAAGUUGGUGAGAUUUUAGGAAGAUAUCUGAAUAAUAACAAAUCACUAGUACAUUUGGAUCUGAGUUUUAAUGGUUUAAAUGAAGACGACUGCCUAUAACUUGGUGAAUAUCUCAAAGAAAAUCAUACUCUACUUGGUCUUCAUAUGAGAGGAAACUAAGGCAUGAUUGAUUCUUUGGGAUUUAUUCUUAAGAAACCAGAUCCAAAAUAAGAGUCUGUUUAAAAUAUAAAACCUGGUAACAUGCCUUUUUACAAAAGAAUAGUAAGCAGGUAGUAAUCGAGAAGAAAUUCUGAUCAUAACAUAUCUCCUAAAAAUAGUAGUUAUCAAUCAUAGAGUCAGCAUUAGAAAUAUAUAGAUAAGCAUUACGAGAGUGAUAGAUGCUGGAUUUGCGAAGGAUGGUCUGAAAAUAAUUUUAUCUUUCAUGUUGAUGAAAUCAAUCAAGAAGACCUUGAAAAUAUAGAUGUAAGAAUCCACUUUUAAUACGAAGAAUUCAGAGGGUAAAAAAUGAUAAGGUGCUAGUAGGAUGAAAAACUUUUUAUAAUUUGGAAGAUGCUACCUCCAAGCGAGCAUGUCUACUAUUUUACAGUUAAUGGUUAGAUUAAAAUUAAUUAUGGACAUCAUUCCCAUAUAAGAAAAGAGAAGAUAUAGGUGAUUCAUCCUGAUAGUAAUUUUGGAUUUGUUCUGGAUGAGAUUAAUGUGCACACAUCCCAUAGGAAUGAUACAAUCAUCAACCACUACUACAAGCAAACCUUGAAGCAUUGUGUCCCAAGACCAUUAUAGCUGGAAAUUCUUUUAGAAAUAGAAGAAGAAAUAAGACUGAAGACACCUUGGUCGUUUGAAAAUUCGAUAUUUAGAAAUUAUAAAGCUGACACUGAUGAAAUUGUAAAGUAAUGCUUUGAGUUCGAUUGGGGUUGCAUAAGAAAACCAAAAUUUGAUGAUGCUGAGGAAGAAUUCAGAGUAAAAUAAGAGCUUUACCAUGGCUACAAGUUGAUUAAAAAUUUAUAUAGACCUUACAGUGCUCUUGGAAAGAUAGGUAAUAUUUUUGCUAUUGGAUUGAAUACAUACACUGAUAUAAUGAGAGAGGUAUUGGAUCUUGUUGACUAAGAGCAUCUCAAACUUAAUGAUACUGAUAUGUUCUUUAUUAUUGUAAAUUCCAUUAAAAAAGGAGAAAUCAAUCCAGCUAAUGGUCUAGUUCGCUAUUAAUUCCUAGAGAUUAUGAUGAGAGUUGCUUUGAAGAAGUAUCAUUCUUCUGGUUUUUGCAAAACAUAAAGUGAAGCAGUUGCCAAAUUAAUUGAUAAAAAUUUCAUGCCAAUACAGAAUAGCAUCCUAUAUCAAAACCACGGCUGGAGAACACAGAGAUAUUGGAAUGAAGGUUGCGAUAACGCACUUAAAGCAUUUAGACCUUUGUUAGAAUGGAUUUAUCAUAAAUUCGGUGGCACUCACAAAAAACCAGGCGAAAAGACAUUUAUGACAGUAGAUGAAUUUGAAAACUUUAUUAACGUUGCUAAUCUUUGUAACGAUUUGUUAUUUCAAAGAGAUAUUUGUGUUUGUUUCAACUUAGCUAUGAUGACUUAAGUAAAUGAGAUAUCAAAGGAUAGACAUCUAAGAGCAUCAUUCAUAGAAUUUCUAGAGGCAUUAGCAAGAGCUGUUGAUAAAGCAUCCACAACAGAUUACAUCCAACAGUAGGACUAAAGUUAAGUUCUGAAUUAGACUACAGAUUCUUUUAAUGGGGUCAAUGAGGAAUUAAUGAAAGAAAGAGUUAAUAGAUCCUUGCAAUUAAAGCUAAUCAGUUUCAUGGAGAGAAUUAUAUAAUUCUGUUUAACAAAAAGUUUCAAGGAAAAAUAUGAAUACCCUCAGUUGGAAGACCCUGAUAAGAUGAUGUUUGUGAUUAAAGAUAACUACAAGUGA